AUGGAUCACCUGACUGCGCUCUUCCAGGAGAUGUGGCGUCAAGGUGAAGUCCCGCAAGAUUUCAAGGACGCAACUAUCGUGCACCUAUACAAGCGCAAAGGGAAUCGCCAAGUCUGCGACAAUCACCGCGGCAUCUCCCUACUGAACAUCACCGGGAAGAUCUUCGCCCGCAUCCUUCUCAACCGCCUCAAUAACCAUCUGGAACAGGGCCUUCUGCCGGAAAGCCAAUGCGGCUUCCGUCGUCAUCGUGGGACCACGGAUAUGAUCUUCGCCGCCCGCCAACAUCAGGAGAAGUGCCAGAAGAUGCGGACCCACCUGUACUCUACCUUCGUGGACCUGACGAAAGCCUUCGACACGGUGAAUCGUGAAGGACUGUGGAAGAUCAUGCAGAAAUUCGGCUGUCCGGAGCGAUUCACUCAGAUGGUGCGUCAGCUGCACGACGGUAUGAUGGCGCGAGUCACGGACAACGGAGCUGUCUCAGAGGCAUUCGCAGUGACCAACGGCGUGAAGCAGGGCUGCGUGCUGGCGCCUACCCUCUUCAGUCUCAUGUUCUCUGCCAUGCUGAUGGACGCCUACCGCGCUGAACGCCCCGGGAUCCGCAUCGCCUACAGGACGGACGGUCGUCUCCUGAAUCACCGGCGCAUGAACUUCCAAUCGCGUGUAUCCACAGCCACCGUGCACGAACUCCUCUUCGCCGACGACUGCGCCCUGAACAUCACCUCCGAAGCGGAGAUGCAACGGAGCAUGGACCAAUUCGCCGCCGCCUGCGAGAACUUUGGGCUGGUUAUCAACACGCAGAAGACGGUGGUGAUGCACCAUCCGCGAUCCAACUCAGUCACAGCCCCCAACGCGCCGUAA